AUGGACACACUGCUCUAUAAGGCUAGCGGAAAAUCGCAGGAAUUGGUACAAGAGGCAAUCCAAAAGGCAGGAGGAGCGAAGAAGGAGCUCGAAGAGCUCAUCCCCUCCGACCUAAUGGGAUACAAAGACGUCUUCGAAAAGAAAGCGGCAGAAUGGUUCCCAAGCUCACGGGCAUGGGACCAUGCUAUCAAUUUAAAACCCGAAUUCGUACCAAAAGACUGCAAGAUUUACCCUCUCUCUCCUAAAGAACAAACGGCACUCGAUGAAUUCCUAGACGAGAAUACAUGA